AAGAAGGAAACAACCCACAAAAACACUAUUAGGCUGUUGAAUUAUUUCCAGAUUUCAAUGGACUGGACUCUCCUUGUAGUUUUGCUUGUCAUAUUUCAGCCAUCGCUCUCAGUCUUGUUCACGGUGGAGGCAGAGCGAACCGCCUACCGGUCCGAGUUCGGAGGAGAUGUUGUGAUGGGCUGCAGGUUCAACCUGAAGCCCAACCAUCCUGAGUCCGCUCUGAAGGUGACCUGGUACUGGACCACCGCUGCUCCGUAUCAGGAGGUGGUCGGGAUUGAUAACGGAGCAGAGAAGAAUGCAUCGCAGAAGUAUCUGGGCCGAGCCAGACUCCUCACCGACGAGCUGAAGGACGGCUGGGCAAAGCUACAGGUCAUUACUGACAGUGAUGCGAUGUCCAAUCUUAGGAUCAACGACUCCGGGACGUACCAGUGUUUGAUUCAGUCAGCAGAAGGAACUGACUAUAAGACCAUAACUUUGUCAGUUGCAGCACCUUACAAAUCGGUGGUGAGACGUAUAGAAAGGACUCAGAAUGGGGAUGAGGUGCUGUUAACGUGCCAGUCUGAGGGAUACCCCCGGUCGUCUGUGGUGUGGUCAGACGGACACGCACAGACACACAGAGCCAACACCACAACUGUUAAAACACCGGACCAGCUGUUCAAAAUCACCAGUCAGAUACAAGUCAGCUCGUCCAAGACCAACAACUACACGUGCAGCUUCACAUCUGAUGGCCACUCUGCAACAUUUCACAUCCCAGAUGAAAUAUUCGUUCCCGGUGGAAAAAGCGACGCUGUCAUCAUCGUACUCAGCGUAGGAGUAGUGCUGACUCUCAUGGUUGUCGGCCUGGUCGUUUACCGGACGCGAAAAGGGGCCCGUGCUCCCAGAACCGCCAGCUGUCUGCUUGAUGACUGGGACAAAUCUACAUCUGCGGCUGCCCGCUUGCCAGUAGAAAAAGAAAACGGGAGCGAAAGAGCAGUCUUUAUUGGAGGUUGCACGGAGGAAGAUCUCAGGUCAUGUCUGAAAGAGAAUUAUUCUGAAUUCACCCUGAGCUCAGAGACAAGUGAGCACUUUGGAAGUUUCAGUGUGGAGGAGCUGCCUCACAGACUGCAAAACAAUGAGGGCCGACCCGCAAGUGUCCUAGAUUUACUCCCAGAAAGUGGGGAGACCCUUUUACUUCAGGGACCUGCUGGGAGUGGGAAGACGACAGCAGCUCAGAUUCUGGUCUCCUGUUGGACCGCAGGGCCAAGCCAGGCCCGUUCUAACCUCCCUGAUCUCAGCCCCCUCGGCCUUCUCAUCUGUGUCAACUGCUGCCUGGUGAAGGAUGACCUGUUUGAGGAGAUAACAGCUCAGCUCUCCCUGAGUGAAAAGAUAUCAGCUCAGGAGCUGAGGACUGUCUUAACCGAGUCCAGCAAAUCUCUGCUGUUGCUGGAUGGGUACCGAGAGGGGAAUCAAGUUUUUGAUGCGUCCUUGAGGAAGUUUUUAGGUGAACAAGGGGACUGCAGGGUGCUGAUCACAGCCUGCCCCGGACUCUGCCCCACGCUCACAGAGACACUGGGGGCGGACAGGAUUCUCAAGCUUCAAAUGCCAUCCGCGAGAUACUGAGACCAAAGCAAACUCCUGAGACAUUUAUCACAAUGUUAAUCUGUACUUUUGUCAUUUGUUAGACUGAAUUGAUGGAAGCCUGUUAUGCUGCAAAAUGCACUGAUUUUAUUGACCAGCAAGUGAAAGAAAUGCUGAAAAUGUGUAUAUGUUUUUUUUUAUUUGUUUUUCUCUGUGAUGCCCUUUGUUUGAUGAAAAGAAACGUCAACGUUAAGUUUGUAUGAAGAAAUAAAUAAAUGAAAA